AGUGCACAGAGUGGUCAGGGCGCGCGUCAGUGUCAAAGCCACCGUCUUUUCUCGCGCUUUGUCACGUUGGAGUUGGAAGGCGCAUCGCCAUGAGGGCGGAUAACCCAGCAAACGGACAAUAAUCGGACCUAAAUCGGGAUAUCCCCAGCUGUCAGCGGCAGAAACGUGAACAGGUGGUGGCUCCUUCUGGGUCCUGGCGGGGCGCGUCAAGGCGCACGGACCCUCAACAGCUUGCCUGGCGCGCUAAUCUCCUCUGACGACAGCGCCUCUAAACCGUGUGCGUAAAACCGGGGGUGCAGGCAGCUGCCUCGGGAGGGGGAUCUCAUCAGUCAUCGGGAUUUUACUCAUCGCUUGUUAUUCAGUGUUCCUCUCGAAGUCGGACUCGAGGAAAUUUCGUUUUGGUUUUGCGGCUGGACCCGCAGAUCUGGAUUAAAAUGAGUUGGAUUUAAUAAUUCGCCAAGUCUGGAUAGCUAAAAGAAACCGACAACAGAGCAUGUUGCCAGAAAUAAAUACCAAGACGUCACGAACGGAGGCCUUUCCUCACCCGCACAGACUCCCGGCAGAGGGCAGCCGCUUUGGAACAGCUCAGCCCUGCUCACAGAAGUUUGGCUCUAAUCGGGGCACGCUGCCUCAACUCGAGCCCCCUGUGGUCCAGGUGAUGGUCAGCAAUGCCAAAAACCAGCAUCAGCAGUCCGACAACAUCCUGCCCCACAUCGCCAACAAAGGGGGUCAGAACAACUACUCGCAGGAAGAGCGGCAGAAGCCCGCUCAGCAGUUCGCCAUGCGGCUCGGAGCGGCGAUCGACAGGGUGCCAGUCCCCCGCAACGCCAAGACUUUUAGCAACAAGAUGGAGAAGGAGAAAGCCUGUGAGGGGCAAAGGUUACCCAUGUCACCCUCAGAGGCUCUGAACAACUUCCAGGAGCGGCUGACGGAGUUCGAGCAGGAGGAGAUCAAUGCCUACGCCGAGGUCUGGUUUCUGGGUCUGGGCUCCCAGAAAAUCGAGGGUUCCCAGGGAGCGCCGCACAAUUCUGGAUACGACGACGAGCACGGGAGCUACAUCAGGGUGCUGCAUGACCACAUUGCCUACAGGUUUGAGGUUCUGGAAGUCAUCGGGAAGGGUUCCUUUGGGCAGGUCCUAAAAUGUUUGGACCACAAGACCAACGAACUUGUAGCCAUCAAGAUGAUUCGCAAUAAGAAAAGGUUUCAUCACCAAGCUCUUGUUGAACUGAAGAUCUUGGAGGUGAUCAAGAAGAAAGACAAAGACAAUCUUCACAACGUCAUCCACAUGAAGGAGUACUUCUACUUCAGAAAUCAUCUCUGCAUCUCCUUUGAACUCCUGGGGGUGAACUUGUAUGAGCUGAUAAAAAAAAACAACUUCCAGGGCUUCAGCCUGGCCCUCAUCCGCCGCUUCGCCCACGCCCUUUUGAGGUGCCUGCAGAUGCUGCACAAGGAAAAGAUCAUCCACUGCGACCUGAAGCCGGAGAACAUCCUUCUGUCUCAGAGAGGGCCAGGGAACAUCAAGGUGGUCGACUUUGGGUCAAGUUGCUAUGAACAGCAAAGAGUGUACACCUACAUCCAGAGUCGCUUCUAUCGUUCGCCGGAGGUCAUCCUGGGUCACCCUUACAGCAUGGCCAUCGACAUGUGGAGUCUCGGCUGCAUCCUAGCUGAGCUCCACACAGGUUAUCCUCUCUUCCCUGGAGAGAGUGAGGUGGAGCAGAUAGCUUGCAUAAUGGAGGUUCUUGGAAUGCCUCCAAAUGACUUUGUUCAGUCAGCUUCAAGACGAAAGUUGUUCUUUGAUUCUAAAGGAAACCCGAGGAACAUCACUAACAGCAAAGGGAAGAAGCGAAGGCCCAACUCCAAGGAGCUGUCGGCUGCUCUGAAGACGACUGAUCCUCUGUUUUUGGAGUUCAUCAAAGGAUGCCUCACUUGGGAUCCAACAAAGCGCAUGACUCCUGAUGAGGGUUUGCAGCACCAAUGGAUCCUGGAAGGGAAUUUUAAUAGAGUCAGAUCCAGAGCGAAAACUACAGUCAAGAAGACCUCAGACACGUCGACCAGCGCCGACAGACAAGCCAACAGCAAGUCAGAGAAAGUCAGCCCAGAAAGCAACAGCAAGGAGAGCCUGAGGAGGGACAGUUCCACAGGUGAAUCGAAGAUGGCCUCCGUGGAGCGUCUCAGGCCCAUCGGCGCUUCUGCAGAGGAUGAGGUGUGUGAAAGCGCCAGCAAGUUCUCCACAGACUCGGAGGAACCAGGAGGCAGCGGGGAAAGGUCUGUUCACAUCGUCAUCAAGCAAGAGGACGACACGGACAGGGAGGACAGCGAAGAGCCCACAAAGUCUUAGCGCUCCGCUCUUUUAUCUGCAGGGAGAUAGAUGGAAGGAUGAGAGUCAGAAAGGAUAAAUGGGGACUUAAAUUUGAGUCUUACGAUGUAAAAAAAAUAUGCUAAACUUAGACACUGAUGAGAAAUACAGAAAAGUCACGAUAAGAAGGAUAGCAGGUGGGGAAACUGUUCAAAAUAACCGAACGGAUGAUUUUAAAAGAGGAUCAUCAUCAGUUUAUCAUUGUAAACAUAGAUUCAUAAAAGUUUAGUAAGUACAUAGAGUAGUCGUGUCGUGGUAUUUUGUUCCGUUUCCUAAUUUCUGUUCGGUUGUAAACUUAAUGAUCUGUUGUAAUUUUGAAAUUUUUGGCAGCAUAUGAACAAUUUCCUGUAUUUCUCUUUGCUGUGCAUUGAAACUCAAGGUCAGGAUCUCACAUACAGAAUUUAUGACAUGGUUAUUUUUAAAAAGUGCAUGCUUUAAAAAGCUAUUAAACUCUUUUGCUAUCUUUUUCCCACUGGGCAGACAGUUCAAGCAAACUUUAAGGUUUUUUUUUAAAACAUUGAUUGCAAUAAAGGCUGAGCCAAAUCUUUUUUUAACAACAACAAAACAAAGUUGUGAUGUACCUAUCAUGUGUAAGAUACAGUUCUGUUGCACUUAUUGUGAAAUCUCUAAAUCUGUUUUCCUAUUUAUUCAAUAAUUUAAACAAACAAGUAUACAGUGUGUAUUUGUAAAAGGGUUUUUGUACAUAUUUUCCUGUACAUGUGUACCACAAAACCUAUUUUGAAAUGUCAUGAGGAUUUAGACAAGGUUUUACUUGUUAUGUUAUUUUUCGGAGAAAUUUUGUAUGUCUUGAAUUCCUAUUUUUUAUAUUAGAAACAGGAAGCAGAUUCUAGUUUGUGCCUUGCAGUAUUAGAAAUGUUGCACUUUACUGUUGUGUGCAUCUGUGCGUUAGGAGCCGCUUUGUCCUUUCACCAUGUGAUGCUAGGAUCCCCGUCAUUUCAUGAAACGGAAGUUUGAACAAACAAGCAAACUUCUGACUUACUUUUUAUAACUGUUCUGAUUGUUUUUUAUGAUUUAAAGGGGAAGAUAGGUCUGCUCUUUUAUUAUACAUCAGCUAAGCAACCUGAUUUCCUGAGGAACGUGGUGAAAAUACGGGGAAAAAAAUCAUUUAUGUCUUAUUUGCCGAAAUAAAAAUUAAUAAUAAAAAUGUUUUAAAACCUU